GAGAGAGAACGGACACCGGACUCCAUUAACGCGAAACCUUCAGGAGCUCCGCCGCAGCUGGACUUUCACGAGGACCCUUUCCUCAUGAUAGGAUUAAACACACGACUGAAGGAAAGAAAGCUCUCGGACUGUUGAAGUUGUGGACAUUGAAGCGUGUUUCGAGGAUUUGUGAAGGAUGGCGUUGGACGGGAUACGGAUGCCAGAUGGCUGCUACGCAGAUGGGACCUGGGAACUGAAGAUGCAUGUCACUGACCUCAACAGGGACGUGUCUCUGAGAGUCACCGGGGAAAUUCACAUCGGCGGUGUGAUGCUCAAACUCGUGGAGAAACUUGAUGUAAAGAAGGACUGGUCAGAUCACGCUCUGUGGUGGGAAAAGAAGAAGACCUGGCUGCUAAAGACCCAUUGGACACUUGAUAAAUAUGGCAUUCAGGCUGAUGCCAGGCUGCUCUUCACGCCACAGCACAAGCUGUUGCGCCUGCAGCUGCCAAACAUGAAACACAUGAGGGUGAAAGUAAACUUCUCUGACCGCGUCUUCAAGGCCGUGUCCGACAUCUGCAAAACCUUCAACAUCCGGCAUCCUGAGGAGCUCUCUUUACUGCGCAAGCCCCGCGACCCUAAGAAGAAGAAGAAAAAGCUGGAGGAGGCCGAGGAGGAGGCACUGGAGCUGGAAGGACCUCUGCUCACUCCCGGAUCAGCCUCUGAGAUUAUAUACAUUGGACCGGUGAAAGGUAGCAUCUAUUCCAGUCCUGGACUUUACAGCAAGACAAUGACCCCUACUUACGACUCUCGGGAUGGCAGUCCUUUGUCACCAACCACAGCUUGGUUUGGAGAUAGUCCGCUGUCAGAGGGCAAUCCCAGCAUCCUCGCUGUUAGCCAGCCCAUCGCCUCACCUGAUAUUUUGGUGAAACUCUACAAACCUCAAUCCCUCCUGGACAAAGCCAAGAUCAACCAGGGGUGGCUGGACUCCUCCAGAUCACUGAUGGAACAGGAUGUGAAGGAGAACGAGGUUCUUCUACUGCGGUUCAAGUAUCACAGCUUCUUUGACCUCAACCCAAAGUAUGAUGCCAUCAGGGUGAACCAGCUAUAUGAGCAGGCGAAGUGGGCCAUCUUACUGGAGGAGAUUGAAUGCACCGAGGAGGAGAUGAUGAUGUUUGCCGCCCUGCAGUACCACAUCAACAAGCUGUCCAUCAUGUCUUCAGACAAUCACAUGAACAACAGUGAGAAGGAGGUGGAUGAGGUGGAUGCUGCGCUGUCAGAUCUGGAGAUCACUUUGGAGGGAGGAAAAACGUCCAACACGUUGGGUGAUAUCACAUCCAUUCCUGAACUGGCCGACUAUGUGAAAGUCUUCAAACCAAAGAAACUCACACUGAAAGGAUACAAGCAGUACUGGUGCACAUUCAAAGACAUCACAAUCUCCUGCUACAAGAUCCGUGAGGAGGCGCAUGGCACGCCAACACACCAGAUGAACCUGAGAGGCUGUGAAGUCACACCAGAUGUGAACAUCUCCAGUCAGAAAUUCAUCAUCAAGCUGCUAAUCCCCGUAGCAGAUGGUAUGAAUGAGAUCUGGCUGCGGUGUGACAUGGAAAAGCAGUACGCUCAGUGGAUGGCGGCCUGUCGCCUAGCCUCAAAAGGGAAAACGAUGGCAGACAGUUCCUACAACCUAGAGGUGCAGAACAUCCUAUCCUUCCUGAAGAUGCAGCACAUGAAUCCUGACCCUCAUAUCAUAGAACCCAUCACCACUGACAUCAACCCGGAGUGUCUCGUGUCACCACGAUACCUGAAGAAAUACAAAAACAAGCAGCCAGGCUUUGUCAGGGACAUGAUAUCCGCCCGCAUCCUGGAAGCCCAUCAGAACGUGGCCCAGAUGAGCCUCAUUGAGGCCAAGAUGCGCUUCAUACAGGCUUGGCAGUCCUUGCCGGAGUUUGGAAUCACUCAUUUUCUUGCCAAGUUUCAGGGGAGCAAGAGAGAUGAGUUGAUUGGCAUCACCUACAACAGACUGAUCCGUAUGGAUGCCAGCACAGGAGAUGCCAUCAAGACCUGGCGCUUUAGCAACAUGAAACAGUGGAACGUCAACUGGGAGAUCAAGAUGGUAACAGUGGAGUUUGCUGAUGAGCCCAGUCUUGCGUUCAUCUGUGCCGAAGUGGACUGUAAAGUGGUGCACGAGUUCAUCGGCGGCUACAUCUUUCUGUCCACACGUGCCAAGGACCAGAACGAGUCUCUAGAUGAGGAGAUGUUCUACAAACUGACCAGCGGAUGGGUUUGAGUGCUGCUCUUCCCAUAGCAUCAGGGGCCCGGGACUGCCUUUUUUCAGUUACUCACACAGCUUUUCUUUUCUCUGUUUUAACCACUUCAACUCGCCACAUCAUAGUUGUUUAAAAACCUUAUGCUUGUGAAAGUGUUUAUAUCACUAGCAGACAUACUGAGUGAGGACACGGAGUCCAUGGAGACAGUUCCUCUUAGUCUACUUCAGAAGUUACUUUCACCAGAGCGGUUAACUGCAUCCCUCCAGGAAUUGUUUAGUUGUCAAGAUGAAGUGAAUAGAUAUAUGCUAGCGUUGUCCUCCAAGAAAUGCCAAUUAUUUAUUUCUCACUAACUACAUUUACAACGUCUUUCUGGGUCAUUUUUGAAUGUUGUCGUGCUCAUUAGUGCCUUUUAAUCCUUUGCGAUAAUUCAACGAUGUCAACACUACAGAAGAAAUUGUUUCACUAGCUUUAAAGGAAUCGUUCACUCAACAAUUAAAAUUUGGACUGUUUACUCACCCCCAUGUCAUUCCAAACCGGCAUGCUGUUAUUUUUCUUCAGUAGAACACAAAAUGAGACAUUUUGAAGAAUCUUUAUGCAGCAGUUUUCCAUACAAAACAGCACCAUAAAAGUUGUCCAAAUUAGCCAUUUCACUACAAAUUGUUUUAUGGAGAAAUAAAAAAGCUUCAUGAAGUUUCUUCAUAGUUUCUCCUUUUGUGUUCCACAUAAAAAAAUUAAAGCAGAUGGGUUUGAAUAAACAUGAUUGUGAGUAAAUGAUGACAGAAUUGUCAUUUUUGGGUGAACUAUAGCUUUGUCGCUGCUUCUGAAGAGAUCUAAACUGUUUUGACUUGCUACACUUGAGAUGAUCUCAGCUGUUUUUCUUCAACAAUCAAUUCAGUUUUUGUUUUUUUCACGUCUGUGAGAUGAAGUUAAUUUGAAGCACUUCUACCGUAAGGUAAGAGUCUCUCCAUCAAUAAGCUGUAGUUUGAAGUUUCUAUUAGUGUGUUUGACUAUGCCCUCUGGUUUUAGCUCUCAUAUGUGUUUGACACUACUUUAAAGUUAAGUACACAGAUAUUUUUGUACACUAUGACAGUGGGAUGCCCACUUCUUUUUCGUAGCAAAGGUUCGCAAUGCAGCGACAUAGGAGAACGUUUAUGAAGAAAUGAAUCUAUGGUUACAGAUUCGGCUUUUGAAGGUCAUUGAGUAAUCAAAAUGUAAGAAGUUUCUUUUUAUUAUUAACUUCCUAUGAAGUCUGCUAUUUUAUUCAUCAGUCUUUAUUGUGCACCAGUAUAGUAUUAUUCAACAGCUUUUCAUUAUUAUGCACCAGCGAUAGGUCACUGUGUUUUAAAACAAGAAAAAUGCAAUUUCCAUUCUUUUACUUUUCUUAUAUGAAGGAACACUAAAUGAAGUAUUGUUUUUUUUUUUUUGGUAUGUAAUAUAAAACCACUGGUUUUAAAGAAUUGUACAGUUGUUUUGUUGCUGCUUUUUUUUCUGCCAUUUUUUCGGAAGUAUAUUUUGUUCCAGAAGAGAGGGGAAAAAAAGCGAUUUUUGACAUUGAGGAUUUGUGCCUGCCAAUGUUACAAUCUUGUGGACUUUUAGAAUUAUAUAUAUAUAUAUAUAUAUAUAUAUAUAUAUAUAUAUAUAUAUAUAUAUAUAUAUAUAUAUAUAUAUAUAUAUAUCCCAAACUCUAUCUUUGAAUGGAUUCAUUUAGAUCACGUGUCUUUUAUAUCUCUGAUAAAAUCAUGAGGAGAUUUUGAUUAGCCUUUUGUUUUUCCUGCCUUAACUGAUAUAAAUCCAUAAUUGUUUGAUUCUGCUGCAAACAAAAAAAUGCCUUGUAAGAAAGUGUCAGUAAUGAUCACUCAAACACUAUUGAAGUGCAGCGGAAUCUGUUUUGUGUCUUUUGUAGUGCAUCAGAUCUUGUCUGUUGUAUUUUCUUCUGUUUUCCCAUAUGAAGCUGGUUCAGAGCCAGAAGUGAAGGUUGUUUUUAUUUGUUUUUUUGUUUUUUUUUCAGAUGCCAGCAAUGCAGUGCAUGGCCUGUUUUAAGAAUGACAAAAUGCCAUUUACAUUAAAAAAAGAAUUAAUAAAAUCAUUUUUAUUUAAAAUCCUAAAAUGGCAAUGGUUCAAUUUGUUAACUAGACUGCAGUGCCUUUUUCCACCAUAAGAGGAAGUUUUUCUGCAAACAAUGUUAAUUAUUCACUUAAGCCAUUUCUGCCAUCUGACCCCGUUUACACAAUUUGUUCCUGGUUAACUUUUUGAAUAGCUUACACUUGAAAGUGAAGUUACUGUAGAAAUGUCAAUGUGAUCUUGAUGCUUGC